AUACAGAAAACUCUCCUUUUGUCUCGUUCAAUCCAAUAUGGCGGCAAACGGUGUAUGAAAGGUGCGGAAUGUUUUGAUUCGAAACGAACAAUAAAAAAAUUGUAUGAAAAAAAAAACUAACGAAACGCGAAAAAAAAUACGCAAUGGCCGGUGAAUUAACGUGGUUUUCGUGUUGUUAAUAUUAAAUAUUAGAUCUAUCUUGAACCAGUUGUGCUGAGUGAAGUGUUUAUGAAUUGAAUAUUAUUUUUUUAUGUUACGAUUUGCGUUUGCUAAUGUGGUCGUUUGAAGUAAUAUGUGAUAGAUUCCACGCUAGAUAUGUCUACCGACCCUGAUAAAGCUACGGGAUACCCGAAUGCGAAUGUUAAAAGUGUAACUACGGAGUUUAGUGAAAUUGGUGACAAAACUUGUGGUGAUGAAGUUGAAGAAAAAAAGAAUGUACGUACAGUACGUUUCCCUGAUGAAGACCAGAUUGUGACGCAGUAUUUCGAGCCAGCAAACCCCUGGCAAGAUGUGCCGACGACGACGCGCUCGCAGCUCGCUGCCGAAUACCUGGAGUCCUGUCGACGACAUGACACACCAUGUCUUGAUGGUGUGCUGGAGCAAAUACGGGAACUCCCCGAGUCGUCGAUCGGGGGCGCCACACGAGCGCCCCGCCUCACCCUGGCCGAGUGCUCGCUCUCGGGCACCGCGCCGGCCGACGCGCUCGAGUCCAUCAUGCGUCGCGUACAGUUCCGACGGCUCGAAUUAGAGCACGCCGGCGUCGACGACGAGGGCGCGGAGGCGAUCUUCGACAUGGUGGAGUACUACGAGAGCGCGACUGUGCUGUGUAUCAGCGGACCGAGGAUGUUCGGCAUCAGGGGCUGGCAGGCAGCCUCCAGGAUGAUCAAAAAGAGCGCAGAACUAUCAGAACUAGAAGUCCGGGACGCCCCCCUGGAAGCGUCCCACGCGCCGGUGUUGGCGCGCUCGCUACGAGCCCACACUUGCCGACUGCGCGCGUUGUGCUUGCAGCGCGUCGCGUUAGCAGGCGAACCAUUACUGUGUCUUGUGAUAGCCCUAAAAUCGAACAGUUCAAUACGUGAGCUUCGCCUGGGUGACAACCGGCUGUCCGUGACGGACGCCGCGCAGCUCGCCUCGCUGCUGCGAUACAACUCCAGGAUACAACUCCUGGACCUGUCCAACAAUCAGAUACAGGACGCGGGCGUAGCGGCGUUAGCAGAAGCAUUGUCUGAACAAGCGGCGCUGUCACCACCCUCCUCAGAUAGUAGGUGUCUUGUGGGUAACAACGACUCUCGUGGCCUCGCCUUCCUGGUGCUCUGGAACAAUCAGCUGACGAGGAACUGCGCACCAUAUCUCAGUAAGGCUUUGCGUUCGUCCCAAUCCCUAUGCGUGUUGAACAUCGGUCGCAACGCGGUGGGCAGCGAGACGGUGAGGGCGGUCCCGCGCGGCGCCCCGCUGGUGUCGCUGGGGCUGCAGGCGGCGCGCCUCGGGCCCGACGCCGCGCCCGCGCUCGCCGACCUCGUGCGGGCCCACGGGAGGCUGCAGAGGUUAGAUCUCCGUGAGAAUCGACUCGGCGCCGCCGGCCUCCAAGCCAUACUGACAGCGCUCAAGGAGAACAACACUCUGACGCAGAUCGACCUGGACGAGCCGCCCGAUUCGUCGAGCCUAUUAGCGGAGGACAACGAGGCGGCGCUAGUCCGACGCGUGACCCGCGAGAUCCGCGCCCUCUGCCGGCGGAACGAGCCGACCAAGCCGGAGGACGACACGACACACCCUGUACACAGGAAGAUCAGCCUCACGUGCCAUACAGCGUGUUUGUUGAGGCAGGGUAUGGGCGGCGGCGAGGAGGAGCGGCGCGGCGGGCGGCUGCGCUCGCCGGCGCCGUCGCCCGCGCCCUCGCCCGCCGGCAGCCCCGUGCCCGCCCCGCACCCGCACUCGCGGUUCAUGGUUACCCGUGUGACUCCCGAGCGAGACUCUUCGACGGACAGCAGCAGUUCAACGUCGUCGACGCCGACGCGUCCGUACUGCCCGCCGUCCAGGUUUAGAGUUGUACAGGUUUUGGAACCGCCUCAAAUCCAAGUCCACCCGGCAUCCAGUCAACCGAGGAAGUCCCCCUCCCGGUUCUCGGUGACCAGGAACUACGACAGCGUGUACAACCCAACCCCAUCGCCACCACCACCCAGCCCGGCGCCAUCAAUACAAGCGCUAGAUCCCACGACACUCAAUGACCAAGUAUUCACACGAAAUGACAACGACACUCCCGUUAAAAACGACACUUUAGUUCACAGUGAAGUGUCAACACAAAAUGAUAACAAAUUGACUCAGUUCAGUGAUUCUUUUCAAGAUAAAAGUGUUGUUAUACAAAGUAAGAACGACACUCUGGUUCAUAGUGAUGUGUCGUUACAUGAUAAGGAUGAAGUGAUGGUCACUCAAAGACAUGACGUUUCGACACAAUUUAGUGAUGUAACUAUACAGAGUGGAGAUAAAAAUGUUACAAGUCAAUGUAAAAACGACGUUUUGGUUCAUAGUGAUUUAGAGAUUAAAGAUAUAGAAAAAACAGUCGUUUUGGCGAAUGAAAGUUUAGAUAAAAAAGUCGUCGCUCAAUCGAGUAAGUCUUUAACUGAUAUAGUUAAAAGUGAACCGUUAAGUAAAGUAGAACUAACUCAAAGUGAAGCUAAAAUAGACACGAAAAAUGAAGGUGUAGUUAAAAACGAAGGUGCAUGUCAAAAUCUAGAUAAAGUUAAAAUUGAAACAAUUAAAACUGAAGGUUCAACUCAAAAUGUAGUUAAACAUGAAGAUGCAAGCAAAGAUAAAGUUAAAAAUGAACCGAAAUUAAUUGAAGGUGCAAGUAAAAAUGAGAUUGUUGUUAAAAAUGAAACUUCGCCAGUGAGAAAGGUUGUGACUACACAGGUACGAAGCGAAGCCAUGAGGCAAGCUAAACUAGAAAUGUUAAACCAGAGCGUUGAACCCGCACCUAAGAAAGACACUACACCUUUUUUCAGUUCUGAUCCUAUGGUAAAAAAUCCAAUUAAAAUUGAAGACAAGAAAACAGCGGCUGCAAUUAAAAUUGAAGCCACUCAAUCUUUAGUCACUGAUAUUAAAAGUGAACCCGCUGACCAAGUGAGAAAUGAAAAUAUUAAAGAAAUAUUACCAGAACUUAAAAAAGAAGUGUCCCUUCAAAAAAUAGAGCCUUCAUUAACCGAAUCAAAUAAAAAUGAACCAAAAGUUGAAUCAAAUCAAGUCAAACCUACAGAACAAACGCCAAUGUUGACUGUAAAAGUCGAAUCAAAUCAAGAAAGUCAAACCAAGUCAAUUGAAAGCACAGUCAAAAUAGAAACGACAAGUCAAGUCAAAAAUGAUGAGUCAAAUAAAGUCAUAACCGAUCAAGUUAAAAUUGAGUCAAAAAUUGAACUUACGAAGAGCAAAACUGAGUUAACCAGUCAAAUUAAACCUUUGGUUAUUGAUCCGGUUCAAAUUAAAACUCUAGUUAGUCCGACGAUCAAAGCGCCGAAACCAGAAAUACAUACUAUAAUCGAAACUGAGUCUGAAAUCGAUGAAACUGAAUCGAUUUCAAAAAUCGAUUUGGCUUCGACUAAUAAAAGUGUUGCUCUAUGUGAAUCAAAAACUGAGUCUAAUAAAUUUGAAUCUAAAGAAAGCGUUAGCAAUGAGGCUGGGUGGGAUCUAACGAAAAAAUCUGAAUCUGCAAUUAUAACUGAAAAAAAUCUAGACGUUACAGAUUCAAUCUCAAAUUUGAGUGCGCAAUCAAGUUCAACUCAAAAAGACGUUACAAAAACUCAAGAAACAAAAAGUGAAAUCGAUAAAAUUGUGAUAGAUAGUAUUAAAAAUCCAACACUAGUUAAAAGUGAUUUGAAAUAUAGUGAUGUGCUGAAAAGUGAUAAAAAAAACAUUAUCGAUAAAGCCAAAGUGGUUCGCGACCAAAUCAUAGACAAUUUAGACGAUAAUUUAGAUAUAGACAAAAUGAAAUCCAUAGAUAAAAGUAGAGAUAGAGAUAGUUUUCAAAAUGUACCUGCUGAAGUUAUACUUAAGAAAAACAAGAGUGAAUCCAGUCUGGAUAGCCCAGAUCUAGAAGUGUCUAGACUAAUGCAGAAGAGAACAGAAGAUAAAAACGUAUUCGACAGUAAUUCUUCUUUGGAAAUUUCUGGAAGUUCAAUGGAGAGUUUGAACGAGCAAAAUAAGUCGGUUCAAGAGUUGGACAGACGGAAAUCAGUCAUUCUGUCCAACGAGAGCAGUGUCGAGUCGACUAGUGAUGUGACCCCAGUCAACAGCGGAAACUUCCUAAAUCUAUCUUUGAGUUCCAACGAAAGUGUCUCACCUCUAUUCGGAAAGACGAAAUUAAUACACGAUUCGUUAUCGAGUCUAGAGGCCAGUGUCAGCUCUCUAGAUUCUGGAAAAAUCGAUAAAAUCAUGGUCACGUCCGCCGACUCAGGAAUCGAGUACUCGUUGCAACAUCCCUCGGAGAAUCGAGACGACAAUUCAUCGAAUGAAGGUACUUUGACGAAUAAUUCCAGUCUAAAAGAAUCCAUGAGGAAACCGGAAGUACUUCUCGAAUCUAUAUCCUCGCCAAAAAGGACUUCCAGUCUUCUGGAUGUGCCAGCAUUGAAGAGUAAAGGUCUAGAUCGGAUGAGGAAGAUAUCCUGGGUCGCCCCUUCAUCCAGUUUCCAUGUCCCGAGAGCAGAAGAGAAGGAAGCAAAGCCUUCUCACUUAGAGAAGCUACUGUCUCUGUUCCAACACCCUGCUAGCAUCUUCUCCAGAAGUCUUACUUCUGAUGAUGAGAAGAAGACGUCCAGCACACCGCCGAGGAAGGACUCUUCUCUCACCAGCUCCUUCUGGUCGUGGGGGUCGACGAUAGAGAGAGAGAGAGACGAUUCAGAAGCUACAGACUCCACUCUAUCAGAGAGAGUUCAAGUCUCCUUCGUAGAUGAAUCAUUUUCGAAGAAACUAGAUUCAAAAACUCCAUCUACUGACACGGAUAACACGUUGUCCGAAUUCCAGUCUUUCCCGCAGGAGAGUGAGAUGGGAGAGAGAGAGACGGAAAGAGAGAGAGAAAGAGAAACAGUUACCAUAACCACCGAAGAUAUUAUAGUACAAAAUUUAGACGUAAGUGUAAUUAAUAAUGCUAACAGAAAUGAGAUAGGUAGAGAAAAUAGAGAUGAGAGAGAGAAAGAGAUAGAGUUAGUCAGGCCUAGGUCUUUUGCCGCAGUCCUGAAAGCGUCUGGGUCUGAGAAUUCUCUAGAUAAACAAUCUAGCCCUGAUAACGGGCAAUCCGUUGAGAAACUACCGAGCAAAGUGAUUCGUGGGAUAAAAGAAAAUAUAAGUCCUGAAAAUACAUUAACUUCAAGUAUGAGUAAUACUAAAGCUUUAGCCGUCGAGCUAGAAAGACAGGUCAAAAAUCCAGACCCAGUCAAAAUUGAGCCUAGAAUCGAAGAUAAAAUCCAGACUGAGUUAUUAGCUCCGAUAGCUACUAUUGAAGAGACUUGUGAUGUUUUCCCAUUGCAACUAGCUUUUAUAGACGAAGUUAACACUGAAAAAGAUCUAGAACAAAAUACAGAGAAGUCUAAAGAAAUAGAUCUAGGUAAAGACGCGUUGUCUUAUCUAGUUUAUGACGUCAGCGAGUUUCGGCCUGAAAAGCCAGUCCCACAGAGUUCUUUAGCUCAGGAAUUAAGAGAUGCUGAAAUUAAGGAAAUUCUAGAUCUUAGCCCGGAAUUAGUUGUUGAUGAGUUACAAGAUAACGUUUUCGCGCCAAAAGAAAUUAUAAAAAGAACUUCUCCAAUAAUUCCUGAACGAGCGAAAAUCAUAAAAUCUAAUUCUCUAGAAGAUUUAUCCAUAACAGAAGAGAAAGUUAGUCCGAAAACGAAAACUAUAGCUUUUAAAGUACCAGAAAGUACCACACCUAGAGAUAUACCGGAACGAAGGGCUAAGUUACGGACUAGGAGCGGGUCUAGCCCGAAAAGUUUACCAGAAAGUCUAAAUAAACCUUGCCCUUUAACCAAAAUGGAGUCAAUUCUGUCUAAAAAGAAGAAAAAAGUGUCUUCUCUGGGAAAAAUGGCAAGAGAUUCGCUGUUAGCGCUGAAUAUGAGUGAAGAGGAGAUAGCAGAGUUCAGAAGAUCUUAUAAACUGACUUCUGUGGAGAGUUUGAAGAGUCUAGAGUCUGUUUCAGAAGAUGCAAACUCUCAAAGUGGCAACUCUAUCGAUUCAAGGUGCAGAGCGUGUUUAAGAACGUCGCAAGAGAGUCUCAUGUCCCUAGACUCCAUAUCCGAAGACUGCAGGUGUGCUGAAGACUGCGAGAGGCCUGGAAAGUCGGCUAGAUAAUUUGCCCAACACUGGGCUGCUCUUAGAUACCGUAAUACUGCUAAAUACAAGAUUAAGUUUUGGUUGCCCCACGUUGGGGCGCCAUUAUCGAUGUUAAUAACACCAGCCUGUAACUGUCCCACUGCAGGCCUCUCAUACAGAGAUUUCCUUUUUCCAAUAUAAAUACAAGUUUCUUGCAUAGAUUAAAUAAGAAAUAGAUAGAGCUAGUUAUCAAAAUUAUAAAUAUAUAAUAACACAACAAGCUGUUAUAAAAUAUAUUAAUAAACUCUUGCCCUAUCUAUAUUUUUAUUUGGUCUAUGGGAUUAUAGGAAUAUACAGAAUGUUCAAACAGACUCUGGUCCUAUUUAAAUACAGCUUUAAGUGACAAUUAACAACUUCAUUCAAGAAAAUAAUUGUUUAUUUAAAAUAAUAAUUAAUUGAUAUGAAAAAUCUAAAUGCACACGUUUUUAAACGUCAACGUCGUUGUAAUGUUGUAAUUUACAUUGUCAACGGGUUUGAAGCUACCCUGAAAAUGUCAGCCUGCUAGCUUAUCGGGAACUGCCUCAAAAUUGAGUUGCAAAAAUCCAACCGAAACGACAAACAAGAAAGUGAGUUUAUAGAAACGUGGGAAAAAUACCGGUCCAGCUUGAGUCGGAGUUCCGAUACUGAGGGUUCCGUACAAAUAGGCUAAAGAGAGUUUUGUCAAAAGAAAAUGGCCCUUCAUCGAAAUUUAUUACGUACGGUACAAGCUGUUGUGUUGUUAUAAUCUUGAUUUUUAUCGAUGUUAUAACAGACAUCAUUUAUGAAAAUAUCAAGUGUCUAGCUAUCACGGUUCAUGACAUACAGCCUGGUGACAGACUGAAAGACAAU